AUGGAAGUGAUAGCCAUCGCUGUGGUGGUCGGGCUGUUUGUUGUGGUGCUGAAGCAGUUUGGGAUUUGGGAGCCUCUGUCAUUGGAAGACAGUGGGGACUCGGACCUGGAGCUGUCCAUGGUCCGUCAUCAGCCUGAGGGUCUGGAUCAGCUUCAGGCUCAGACACAGUUCACCAGGAAAGAGCUGCAAUCUCUGUAUAGAGGCUUCAAGAACGAGUGUCCUUCUGGUCUCGUGGAUGAAGAAACUUUCAAGAGUAUUUACUCCCAGUUCUUCCCUCAAGGAGAUGCCACGACUUAUGCUCAUUUUUUGUUCAAUGCAUUUGAUAUGGACCGGAGCGGCUCAAUCCGGUUUGAGGACUUUGUUGUGGGUCUGUCAGUUCUGCUCAGAGGAUCAGUGACAGAGAAACUCCGCUGGGCCUUCAACCUGUACGACAUCAACAAAGACGGUCAUGUGACCAAAGAGGAGAUGUUGGCCAUAAUGACGUCCAUCUACGACAUGAUGGGACGCUACACACUGCCGAGCAUCAGAGACGAGUCUCCUCUGGAACAUGUGGACAAGUUCUUCCAGAAAAUGGAUCGAAACAGAGACGGAUACGUGACAGUGGACGAGUUCAUCGAGACGUGUCAGAAGGAUGAAAACAUUAUGGCGUCGAUGCAGCUCUUUGAGAACGUGAUCUAG